AUGGCAUGCCAGGUAUUCAGCGCCGACUCCUUCAACCAGCUCACUGGAGAUUCACCCUUGCCAAUCCUCAUGCACCACGCCUCUACCGGUGACUGCCUGCCAGCCAGCUCCCAUGCUCACAGCAUGGUUUCUGCAGUAUCUUCUGGGCUGUCCCUGGGUCAGCCCUCCAAGCGCUCCCACAUGCACCUGUCCACCUCCACCCUCGGCAACGCUCUUGGCAACGGCCCCCCGGGCCUACAUUACCCAGUCGCCCCCUGUCAUUACAGCAACCAGCAGGCCACCUAUGGCAUGAUGGCAGCUCAGGAGAUGCUCUCUGCCAGCAUCUCUCAGACUCGUAUCCUGCAGACAUGCGGUGUAUCUCACCCCAACAUGGUAGGCGGUGCAAAUCCAUUGCAAGGGUCUCUUACUCCUUGCUUGUACAAGUUUCCGGAUCAUGGUCUAAGUAGUGGUUCCUGUGCAUUAAGCCAUGGUUUCUCCUCACUGCCCCCGGCACUCCUCUCCACUGAUGAGGGCCCUGGGGGCCAUAGUAUUGGAGAGAUGAAAACUGACAGCCAAAGGAAGACCAUGCGGGACCCAGAAUGCCCUGCCAUGGACUCCCCACAGAUACGAGAGCUGGAAAUGUUUGCCAAUGACUUCAAGAUACGGAGGAUCAAAUUGGGCUACACACAGACAAACGUAGGCGAGGCUCUUGCUGCAGUGCACGGCUCAGAGUUCAGCCAGACCACAAUCUGCCGCUUUGAAAAUUUGCAGCUGAGCUUUAAGAAUGCCUGCAAACUCAAGGUCAUUCUGGCUAAAUGGCUUGACGAAGCUGAGCUGGCCGGUGCCUUGUACAAUGAUAAAAUAGGAAUGAAUGAGCGCAAGAGGAAACGGAGAACAACUAUCAGCCUUGGAGCUAAAGAGGCCCUGGAGCACAGCUUUGUGGAAAAAAGCAAGCCGUCCUCCCAGGAAAUAGCCCGGAUAGCCAAAGGCCUCCAUCUGGAGAAGGAGGUUGUCAGAGUCUGGUUCUGCAACAGACGCCAAAGAGAGAAACGGGUCAAAACCAGUCUCAACCUCAGCUCCUGUUUGAACAAACUCAGUCCACACUGCCCUUAA